AUGUCUUCACCUCGCUCCAUUCCACUCCUUUCGAUUCAAUUCAUUCCAUCUGACAAACGUCAACACAUCAAACAAGGUUGGCUCGAAGCUUUUCACUCUCACCAACACUUACCUCGAAAUUCUCCCCUUCGAGUCGUCAAUGAAGAUUGUGUGGAACGAAAUAACAAUGGAUUUGCAAGUCAUCCUCAUCAAAAUUAUGAAAUUUUCACAUACAUGUUGAGUGGAGAAUUAUCUCAUUACGAUUCCAUGGGAAAUGCACAUCGGUGUCGUUUCGGAACGGUGCAAUUUACCUCCGCCGGAAGCGGAAUGUUUCACUCCGAAAUGAACAAGCAUCCGGAAUGGGAUUGUAAAUUGUUACAAAUUUGGGUCAAACCAAGAACGUUGAAUACACCUCCUAGGUAUCAGAAAAUUGAAUUUUCAAAUGAAAAGAGGUUGAAUCAACUCUGUCUCAUGAUUGUUCCAAAAGAAUUAAUUUCUUCCAUUCAACAAGAGAAUGACAAUUUUCCAAAUGAGGAAAUUAUUGGAAUGGAUCAAGAUUUCUUUGCAUUAUCGAGUUUGUUACAAUUCGGUCAUCAAGUUCGACAUGAACUGAGAGCUUGUCGAAGAUUAUUUAUUCAUGUUCCAUUUUGGGGAAAUAAUGAAAAAUUUCAUUCGAAAGAAAAACUUCUUCAAAUUAUUAUCAAGAAAGAGCUGAAUGAAUAUUCUGAAAAAGAACAAGAAGAACCAUUGAUUGAACUUGGUCCUGGAGAUUCAUGUUUGCUCACGAAUGAAAAUGUUGCCUUGUUUGGAAAGUCGCUUGAAAUUGUUUUCAAAACGAAAGAAUUAAUGGAUCAAGCCUCUCGAGAAACGACAAAUGCCAUUGAUUCCUUCUUGGAAUUUGUCGUUUUCGAUAUGAUUGUUCAUUCCAAUUCUUCUCAUUAA